GCAGGUGCUGUUUAACUGCUGUAAAGAUGGUGUGGUGUUCAUAAGUUUGGGUACCUUUAGGUCUUAAAGAAACAUGCAGGCUGCUAAAAAAGUGGAUGACUUCUUUCAUUGUAAGACCUGCGUUGUUGUUUGUGGAGCAAGUCGUGGUCUAGGCGAAUGUAUUUCUUUGACAUUUGCAAGGAAAUUCCCUGCAGGUUCAGCAUUAAUCCUACUUGGUCGAGAUGUGAAGGCCCUGGAAGACGUCAAGUCCAAAAUCAGUGCAGAAUGUCCACACCAACUGUUUGUUAUUCAAAAAUUUGACCAAGGCAACAUCCGGCAGGAAAAUUUUGAAAAUUUAUUUGAAGGAAUUUUCCAGGUCCACAAAAUAUCUUUGAGCAGUUUUGAGCAAGCUGUUAUUGUACAUUCAGCGGGUACUUUAGGAGAUAUUACUAAAUAUGCUAAAGAAAUGACUGAUGCUGAAACAGUGAAAAGGAGCUUUGAUGUCAAUGUAACUGGUGCAAUAUUGUUAAAUUCUACCUUCUUGAAAGCUUUUAAUGACAUUUUGAAGCGAGUGAUCAUCAACUUGUCAUCUUUAGCUGCAGUACAGCCUUUUAAAUCUUGGAGUCUUUAUUGCUCAGGUAAAUCAGCCAGAGACAUGUUUUUCCAGACUCUUGCAUUAGAGGAACCUAGUCUACGAGUACUGAACUACGCGCCUGGUCCCUGUGACACAGACAUGCAGAAGGACUGUCGAGAAAAGUCCAGAGCACCUGACACCAAAAAAAUGUUUAUCGAUGCUUUUAAUUCUGGAUCAAUUCUCUCAUGUCAGACCUCGAUUGACAAGCUCUGUCAAAUCCUGAUGACCAACUUUAAGUCUGGGGCACACAUUGACUUCUACGAUUAAAGGAAAUUAAAUUAAAACAUAUGUGAGACUGUUUGAGAUUGUGCAUUUUAAUAGUUUUAUGUCAUCUGCAUUUGUACACAUACUUCUCAUUAUAAAACAUUUUUUAAUAAAAAAUACAUGGAAAUAGGAAGUGCUGGCAUCUUAGAUUUUCUUACAAAUGUUGACAAUUUUCAGUAUUUAAU